AUGGUGGGGUGGGGGUUUGGUUUGCAAUGGAAUUCGAGCGUAGUGUGUGUGUGCAGGGGGCGGGCGCAUGGCGAGCGCAGUGUGUGCGUGUGUUGCAAGACGAAAGCGUGUAUGCGCUUGUCUGUGGUGUGUGUUUGCAGGGGAGAGGAGGUUGCAAGCGUAGUGUGUGUGUUGCAUGGGCGCAGGAGGGAGGGAGAAUUCGAGCGUAGUGUGUGGUUGCAGGGGCGGCCGCGCAGGUUUGGCAAGGCCGUAGUGCGUGUGUUGCAGGGGGCCGGCGCAUGGCGAGCGUUCGUGUGUGCGUGUGUUGCAGACGAAAGCGUGUAUGCGCUGUGCUGUGUGUGUGUGUGUUGCGGGGGGCGGCGCGAGGUUGGCAAGCGUAGUGUGUGGUGUGUUGCAUGGGGCGCAGGAGGAGGGGAGAAUUCGAGCGUUAGUGCGUGUGGUUGCAGGGGCGGCACGUGGCGCGCAGGAGGGCGGCUGCGGCGCGCGGGGGCGGAGCUGCGACACCGACGGCGCCACCUCCUUGCUUGCACCAAGGGCGGCGCGUGCGGCGCGUCCUUGACUGCGGCGCGGCCCCCGCCGCCUGCCGCGCGACUGGACUCGUGCAAGCACCCCGGCGAGUGGCCUGUUCCAAGACUGCACCUCAAGGACCAUAUGCACGACGAGCACGUGUGGGUGGACGAUACAUAUGUGUUGGGGGAGCAUGCGUAG